GCCAGCCAGCAGAUUGUUAGUCUACAUUGAUUUUUCUUUGUACUAGGCCAACGCCAAUUGGGCUACGCAUUCGGCACAAUGGUUAAAUCAUAUCUCAAGUAUGAGCACGCUCAGACGUUUGGCGUCGUGGCUUCCGUUGCCUCCAACUUGGUCUGGCAAGCCAAAGACAAGGCCGGAUCGGGAGUCGGCCAAGCUGUUGUUGCCGCGAACGAAGAAGUAUUAUGCUGGGACAUUAAGAAGGGUGAACUGGUGAGCCGCUGGCGAGACGAGCGCUCUAUAGUUCCCGUGACAUGCAUUGCGCAAAGCAAAACCGAUCCCGACAUCUUUGCCGUUGGCUACGAAGACGGCAGCAUCCGAAUUUGGGAUAGCAAGAUUGCAACUGUUAUUGUCAACUUCAACGGACACAAGUCUGCCAUUACAAAGCUUGCUUUCGACAAAUCUGGUAUCCGACUCGCAAGUGGCUCGAAAGACACCGAUGUUAUCGUAUGGGAUUUGGUGGCAGAAGUCGGCCAGUACAAAUUGCGCGGACAUAAGGACCAAAUUACCGGCCUCACAUUCUUAGAACCCGAGACACAGGUCGAAAAUGAAGACGGUACACAGGCAGUUGCUUUGAACUCCGAACAGACGACGGACGGAUUCUUGUUGACCACAGGCAAAGACUCCCUGCUAAAGCUAUGGGAUCUCUCGUCCCGACACUGUGUCGAGACACACAUUUCUCAGACCAAUGGCGAAUGCUGGGCCUUGGGAGUCUCCCCAGACAUGAGCGGCUGCGUGACAGCUGGCAAUGAUGGAGAGAUGAAGAUUUGGUUCCUGGACGCUGAUGGUUUGGCUGCCAGUAUGGGCAAGGUUGAUAUGUCGACAAAGGUACAAUUUCUCCACGACAGAGGAACGCUGCAUCGCCAGAGCAAGGACCGAGCCACCGAAGUCAUAUUCCACCCUCGCAAGGAUUAUUUCGCUGUUCACGGCGCGGAUAAGUCGGUCGAUAUCUGGCGAGUGCGAACUGAGUCCGAAAUCAAGAAGGGAAUUGCCCGAAAGCGACGCAGAAGAAGAGAGAAGGCUAAGGAUAACAACGACGCCGACGCUGCAGAUGGCGAGGAUGACACAAUAGACGCUUCCAAGGCAGACGUUAGCGACGUCUUUGUUCAGUACGUCAUUGUUAGAACCGGAGGCAAAGUCCGUUCCGUGGACUGGGCUACGCCUAGCGGCCAAAAAGAUCUGCAACUGCUCGUUGGAACAACAAACAACCAACUCGAAUAUUACACCAUCCCUCCCAAGGAUAAAGCAGACAAGAGCAAAGAGGAUGCCCCCGAAUACACUCGAUCUCUCGCUGUUGAACUCCCCGGUCACCGAUCCGAUAUUAGAGCCCUCUCGCUAAGCUCUGACGACAAGAUGCUCGCUACUGCUGCCAACGGAUCGCUUAAGAUUUGGAAUAUCAAGACUCAAGCGUGCAUCAGAACAUUUGAGUGUGGUUAUGCGCUGAGCUGUGCCUUCUUGCCCGGUGACAAGGUUGUUGUCGUUGGAACCAAGACGGGUGAGCUGCAACUCUUUGAUAUCGCCUCUGCUGCCUUGCUCGACAGUGUCAAGGCACAUGAAGGUGCUGUCUGGGCAUUGGAUGUACACCCCGAUGGCCGCUCCGUCGUCUCUGGUAGUGCCGACAAGUCGGCCAAGUUCUGGGACUUUAAGAUUGUCCAAGAAGAAGUCUUAGGAACUACAAGGAAGACACCAAAGUUGAAAUUGGUCCAAUCUCGAACCAUGAAGGUCUCCGAUGAUAUCCUCAGUCUGAGAUUCUCUCCAGAUGCCAAGCUCAUCGCUGUUUCUCUCCUUGAUAACACCGUGAAGGUCUUCUUUGUUGACUCCCUCAAAUUAUAUCUCAACCUAUACGGCCAUAAGCUUCCCGUACUGAGCAUGGAUAUCUCCUUCGAUAGCAAGCUUAUCGUUACCAGUUCUGCUGAUAAGAACAUCCGCGUUUGGGGAUUGGACUUCGGCGACUGUCAUAAAGCUCUCUUCGGUCACCAGGACAGUAUUCUGCAGGUCAGAUUUGUUCCACACAACUCUGACGGCAACGGCCACCAUUUCUUCAGUACCAGCAAAGACAGAACUAUCCGUUACUGGGACGGUGACAAAUUUGAACAGAUUCAGCGCUUGGACGGCCACCACGGCGAAGUGUGGGCUAUGGCAGUCAGCCAUACUGGCAACUUUGUUGUCAGUGCUGGACACGACAAGAGCAUCCGCGUCUGGAACGAGACUGACGAGCAGAUCUUCCUCGAGGAAGAGCGUGAGAAGGAGAUUGAAGAGCUCUACGAAAGCACGCUCACGACAUCCCUCGAGAGGGAUGAAGAUGCCGAGGAUGCCAACGGCGAGGUUGGUGCUGCCAGUAAGCAGACAACCGAAACACUUAUGGCAGGAGAGAGAAUAGCAGAGGCGCUUGAGCUCGGUAUUGCUGAUCUCAACCUCAUGCGCGAGUACGACGAGGCCAAGGAGAGCAACCCACAUGCAGUUCUACCUCAGCGAAACAUUAUCUUUGCGGCUCUCGGAAACAUUACUGCAGAGCAGUAUGUCAUGUCGGUACUGCAGAAGAUUAAAGCUUCCGCUCUUCACGACGCUCUACUCGUUCUCCCAUUCGCCUCCGUCCCUCUUCUCUUCACUUUCCUCAAUAUCUUUGCUCUUCGAUCCAUGAACAUACCUCUCACCUGCCGCAUUCUAUUCUUCAUGCUUAAGACACACCACCGUCAAAUUGUUGCAAGCCGCACCAUGAAGACGAUGCUGGACGGCAUCCGCACCAACCUGCGUGCAUCCCUCAAGAAGCAAAAGGACGAGAUGGGCUUCAAUAUCGCUGCGUUGAAGAUUGUCGGCAUGCAAAUACGCGACAACAGUGUCAAGGAUUACAUAGAUGACAACUGGGAGGACGAAUCGGCUGAUCGAUCAGCCAAGAAGAGAACAUUUGUACAUGUUGCAUAAAGGUGGGAUGUAGUUGGAGAUACCUGGGAUAUAAGUACGGCGCAAUCUUGGCAUAUGAAAAAUGAGUUUUACAUAUAGAAUCAAUGCAUAUUUGACUUUCCAUAAUACG